AAUCACAAAAUGGACUUCUGGAAUCUGGCAAUCAGAAUCACUUUCUUAUCACAAACUACAACUGGAAUUCUGGGAAAUUUCUCUCUUAUUGUGUACUAUCUAGUCCUUUACUAUAGAGAAUGCACAUUAAAGCCCACAGAUUUGAUUAUCAUGCACCUAAUGGCAGCAAACGCCAUAAUCAUUCUAUCUUCAGGAGUGCCCCACACAAUGAGAGCUUUUGGGUUGAAAGAGUUCUUGAAUGAUUUUGGAUGCAGGUUCCUAAUAUACAUUCAGGCAUUUGGACGGGGUGUGUCAAUUGGUACCACUUGUCUCUUGAGUGUCCUCCAAGCCAUGACCAUCAGUCCCAGGGAAUCCUUUUGGAGGGAUCAUAAAGUCAAAGCUGCAAAGUACAUUGACUGCUCCAUUGCCCUCCUCUGGGUCUUGUACUUGUUGAUAAAUUUUGUCUUCUUUAUGUACCCUUUUAUCCAAAUGCAUAGCAACAAUGUGACAGGAAAACGAGACUUUGGAUACUGCUCAGUUGUAGGGAGAGAUGAAAUCAGUGGCUCACUCUAUGCAGCAUUGCUUGUGUGUCCUGAAAUCUUCUUUUCCGUGAUGAUCACCUGGUCCAGCAGCUCCAUGACUGUCAUUCUGUACAGACACAAGCAGAGUGUCCAACACAUCCGCAGCACUCGUGGUUCCAGCAGAACCUCUCCUGAGUCCAGAGCCACCCAGAACAUCCUGGCCUUGCUGGCUACCUUUCUGUUUUUUUAUACCCUCUCUUCCAUUUUACGAGGCUGCAUUGCUGUUGUGCAUAAUCAAAAUUGGUGGCUUGUAAAUAUCAACAGAUUCACUUCUCUGUGUUUUCCAUCUUUUGGACCCUUUGUUCUUAUGAGUCAUUAUUCUAUUCUGACCCGAUUCAGUUUUGUAUGGAUGAGGAAUAAGACCUCUUAA